GUGAUCUAGGCAUAAACUGGUGACAGUGCACAACGCAAGACCAGCAUAGACAAGAGCCACUCCUAGAUUGAUUUGGGCAAAGAAACACGAUUGAACAUGAAUCUUUCUCAAAGAAGAUAUGGGGGCGUGUCUCUAACCGUACUGCUGCAAACAGUCAUUGUAUUGGCUUUAUUACAACAGAGCGAGGGCAUACAGGCGGCUGAGAAGGAAUACGUGGACAAAGGUUUUGCGGCCGGGAAGGAGAUCCUUGAUUAUAUAAACAAUAAGGAUUUUGCGAAGACUUUGACAAAGCUGACUGGAGCGAUAGCGCCAUUCCUUGGGGCAUUGGGUCCAUUUCUUGGGUUUGUUUUGGCUUUCAUCCCAUCGCAAGAUUCGGCAGAAUUGGCGUACAUGAAAAAGAUGAUGGGACAAAUUGACAACAGAUUCAACGUGAUCGAUAACAGAUUUAACGAUAUUGAACGCUUGAUUGACUGGACAAAGGUGGCUGUAAACUUUGGACAAAUAGAGCAAAACAUCAAUGCGAUGCAUUCACAAUACAUCACUCUGUACAGUACUAAUCAGCCGUCAGAAAAUGCGAAACAACUCUUUAUCAUCAACUACAACAGCGUCUACCAACUUAGUGCACUGAAAUUGUACCAGGCGAUAACACAAACCCAUGGCACGUUUCAAGAAAAUCUCGGCAAAUCUGUGAUGCGAUAUACUGCAAAUGACCGAAAGAAAACACAAGAAUUUCUGCUUGGUACAUUGCGUCUCCUCCUUCAGGCAGUUGAAAUCGAAAUUGCGUAUUACUAUGUGAGUGGAUUUGAGAAGCUUGCAGAAACCAACACGGAGCUAUGGAACACGAGAAUUCAGGAGGUGAAAAGGAACUUUGAAGCAAUUGACAAGGCUGUUAAAAACAAAUACCUUGACCAAUCUGCUAAAGAUAUCAAAGAAUUUUCUGCUAAUAAAUAUGGACAGAGUAACGAGCGAUUUGUUAAAGAUGGCUACGAUAUGUUGAAACAGAAGUAUUAUUGGCGCGAUUGGUUUGUCGUUGCAUAUAAUCUAAAAACGGCAAGUACUGCUAAUAUGUGUGGAGGGCAAAGAAUGUUUGAUAAAGACGGUCGGCACUUUGUGACUUCAAGCGUGGAGAGUAAUCAUUCAAAGAAGGGACGUGCAACACUAAAAAAGCGUUUGGAUAGUCUUGGUAGUUAUGCCUAUACAAAAAAUUGGGUAGGGAAAAAAAGUGCGCGCGAUACCAGCGAGGUUUUUGACAAGAUUGACAAGAGCGGUACAUGUAGUUUAGUUGUAUUGAAGAAGAAUAACGGCGCGUGGUGGAUAGGUCUCCCGGACAGAUAUGCACACGUUGAUAAUGGUUAUCAGGAUCUGUUAUUGUUUGCUUAAAAAAUACUUAAUAUGAAUUUAGAUCCAACUUUUGAAUAUCUAUUAUAACUCCGGUCCUAUUAUUCGACCUAGAUUUCAAAUACCUAUAGUAUGACCUGUUUAUGAUGAUUGAUACAUUCUUAUUUUGUUUAGCCAUUGUAAAAUUGCGACAUGUCUGUUGAUAUAUGAUAUUUAUUGUGUACCAUUCUGUUGCUAGCCUUGCCUAAGUUGGUGGAUUUUAUUUACUUUUACUUUUCUCCACCCUGAAUAUCAAGAUAAGUAAAAGAAAAUACCAACUAAGGCAGGGUUAUUUUGUUGCCAACAAAUGCGACCAUUGCUAUGCUUUACAAAUAUGACCGUUGGUAUGUUUUACGGAUAUAACGAUCGCUAUACUUUAUAACGGAUUUGACACCAUCGCUAU